AUGAUUACUGGCUGCACCGACGGUAGAAUUAUGGUCAGAAGAUGUCUAGUGACGUUCAAACCGUUCAGGAUAUUCGUGGUGGGAAUCGGCUUCUUCAGCCUGUGCUUUCUAAUGACCUCUCUGGGGGGGCAGUUCUCAGCCAAGAGACUGGGGGACUCCCCCUUCACCAUCCGCACAGAAGUGCUGGGAGGCGUAGAGUCCCGUGGUGUGCUGAGGAAGAUCAGUGACAUGCUGGAGGUGAUUCUGAAGAGGAUGGACAGCCUGUCCAAACUGGACAACACCACCAGCACUGACGCACGGCGCCUGGAUGAGCUCAGCUCUGCUAUCAACAGGUUUCAACCAGCCGGCCUGGUGGAGAGGAUCCAAGCUAUCGCUCAGAAUGUCUCCAACAUGGCCACCAGGGUGGAGCAGAUACUACAGAGCAGCAUGUUGCAAGGAAGAGCAGUGAGAGAUGGGACGUCGAGCCAGUGUGAAGUACCACGAGACCCCCGAUUUCCAGAGUGCCCUGGGAAAGUAGAUUGGAUGCGUGCGCGUUGGACAUCGGACCCCUGCUAUGCUUUUUACGGCGUCGACGGUUCAGAUUGCUCCUUCCUCGUCUACCUGAGCGAGGUGGAGUGGUUCUGCCCCCCGCUGGCCUGGAGGAACCAAAGCAGCCCCCCGACCCAGUAUGUUCUACAGCCAAAGGCCCACAAAAGACAGGCUGCCUUCCGCACAGACCUCUCUGUGCUGCUGGACCAGGUGGGGGCAGGAAAGGAGUCCCUCAGCUUCAUGAAGCGCAGAAUCCGCCGCCUCGCGCAGCAGUGGGCGACGGCCGCCAACCGCCUGGAUGCCAAGCUGGAGCAGCGAUGGAGGGACCAGAAGAAGAUCCUGGUCCACGUAGGCUUCCUAACCGAGGAGUCCGGAGAUGUUUUCAGCCCCAAAGUGCUGAAGGGGGGUCCUCUGGGAGAGAUGGUCCAGUGGGCCGACAUCCUCACUGCGCUUCACGUUUUGGGACAUAACCUCAAGAUCUCCAUGUCCGUCAAGGAGCUGCAGGGGUUCCUCGGUGUGCCCCCAGGCAGAGGCAGCUGCCCACUGACCGGCCCGCUGCCCUUUGACCUCAUCUACACCGACUACCACGGCAUGCAGCAGAUGAAGCAGCACAUGGGGCUCUCGCUCAAGAAACACAAAUGUCAUAUCCGAGUGAUUGACACGUUUGGCACGGAGCCAGCUUACAAUCAUGAGGAGUACGCAACGCUGCACGGCUACCGGACCAACUGGGGCUACUGGAACCUCAACGCCAGGCAGUACAUGACCAUGUUCCCUCACACACCAGACAACUCAUUCAUGGGCUUCGUUUCGGAGGAGCUGAACGAGACGGAGAAGAGGAGCAUCCAGCAGAACAAAGUCAACAACAUGGCUGUGGUGUAUGGGAAAGAGGCCAGCAUGUGGAAGGUACAGCAGGGUAAGGAAGGAUUCCUGCAGAUUCUCCACAGGUACAUGGAGGUCCACGGCACAGUGUACUAUGAGACCCAGAGACCUCCGGAGGUCCCGGCAUUUGUGAAGAACCACGGCCUGUUGCCCCAGCAUGAGCUGCAGCAACUGCUGCGCAAGGCCAAGCUCUUCAUUGGCUUUGGUUUCCCCUACGAAGGCCCCGCCCCUCUGGAAGCGAUAGCCAAUGGCUGCAUCUUCCUGCAGCCCAAGUUCCACCCACCUCACAGCUCUCUCAAUCAUGAGUUUUUCAGAGGCAAGCCAACUUCUAGAGAGGUGUCCUCCCAGCACCCUUAUGCAGAGCAGUACAUCGGCAGACCUCACGUCAUGACGGUGGACUACAACAACUCCCUGGAAUUCGACUCUGCCAUCAGGGAAAUCAUGAGGACCAAGGUUGAGCCAUAUCUGCCUUAUGAGUACACCUGUGAGGGGAUGCUGGAGAGAGUACAUGCCUACAUACAGAACCAGGACUUCUGUGCCCUAGAGCCUCCCUUCAUUCCAGCCAACCUCUCCAGACAGGGUCCUUCUGGAAGCAGCAGGAUUACAGGACCUUUGUUUGUGGCCCUGCCCAAUUCCACCGCCGUUGGCUGGGCGUCCAAUGUGACGGCGCCCCCCGCCUGGCCUCCUCUCAGCUCCCUCAGGCUGCUCGUAUCUCAAGAGGGCCAGUCCUGUGUGGAGGCUUGCCAUUCGGAUGGUUUCAUCUGUGAGCCCGCUCACUUCCGCUUCAUCAACAACAAGGAAGCCCUUCGCGGGUUGGAGGUGCAGUGCGAGGUGGUGGACUCCGAGAUCAACCACAUCCUCCCAGCCUUCUCGGUGGUGCGGCGGGAGUGCGGCCUCCAGCGGGAACCGCUCCUCUUCAGCUGUGCAGGAUACUCCCCCAAAUACAGACGCCUUUGCCCGUGCAGGGACUUCCGCCGGGGCCAGGUGGCGCUGUGCAGAGACUGUCUAUAAUGACGGUACAGGUGAAGGACAGACACAAAAGAAUUAGACACCGAUUGGCGGGAUGGUCGAGGGACACUGGAAGG